AUGCAAAACGGUUUAACCGCGUUGAACGAACUUAAAAUCUGGGAAAACCUCCCGCCGUCGGUCUUGGGCAAAUGCUUCAAGUGCACUCACGAGCUCGAUUUCGCGGGAAAGCCACGAAUCCACGAGUGUGGUAGCUUCUUUUGUCGAGGAUGCUGUCCCGAAAGGGAACCGUGUCCGGGCUGUAACGCGACCUUCAACAGUACGAAUACGAAGAUCGUGAACGCGGGACACGCCUCAGCGUCUGAGGUCAUCAUCGCCAGAAUCAGAAAAGGGGUAGACGAUCUAACCCAAGUUCUGGCGAUCCAGGAAAAAAGCAGAGCCGCGUACCAUGAUCUGGUCGCGGUCACGAACAAUCGCCUGUUGGAGAUCACUCGUCAAUCGGGAGUUGGAAUCUGCGGCUACAACUUUUACUUGCAGCGAUCGCUGAUGCCAACUUUCGCGAUUGGCCAUUCUCAGUAUGGCCAUAUGAUCUACAGGACGCGAGGACUGACUGAACCGGCCAGAAAAAUUUCUUACCAGGAUUUGACCGGACGCGAAAACGAGGAAGGUAACGCGGGAAACCAGAAUCGGGGAACUGACGCGAUUGAAGGAAAAAUGAACAUCUACGAAAAGUAA